AUGUCUGACAAGAACACCUCCACCCUCCAAAGCUACGUCGACAGCGCCACCGGUGCUGUCCAAUCUGCUUUGGGCAGCUUGACUGGAAGUACCUCUGAUCAGAACGUCGGCGAGGCAAAGAAAGCCAAAGCAGACCUCGAACACGAGGCUUCCCAAGCUACCCUCAAAGUCGGCAACCUUUCUGCAUCCUCCUCAGGAGCAGUCACCAAGGAUGACCCCAAGAGAACUGAGGGAUCGUGGAACCAGACUGUUGGAUCUGCCAAGGAGGCUGUCGGAGGCCUAGUUGGUAACGAGUCUCUCAAGCAAGCUGGCGCCCGUCAAAAUGCUGAAGGCAAGGCCCAAGAAGCCGAAGGACAACUCACCGAUCUCGGUACUGGUAUCGGAAACCGCGUCUCUGGUGCCGUUGGUGGAGCGGUUGCUGGUCUCACUGGUGACCGCGAAGCUCAGUUGAAGGCUCAAGAGCAACACGAUAUUGGCAAGACCCAACAACGUGGUGCUGAGCAUGAUAUUCAGAAGCAGAAUUCUUAA